GGCUUCUUAUUCCACCAAACUACAUUAAUUACAUGAACAAUACCAAUUUUAACAGUGGCGAAGAUAGUGACGAGGUAAAGAUAAAUAAAAAAGGAGUUUGUGUGUGUGUGUUGAAGGUGCCUGUUUAACAUGUAUAGAUGGAGCGCUUGGGAGAAGUAUUUGCAAAGUCGAUUCGUGAGCAACUUGAAAAGAUACGCAAGGAUAAAGUUGUACUUGAAGCUGACUUAAACUCUCGAAACAAGUCGUUUGAAUCGACGCUUGGUCAACUACAGAACAUGGCAAGUUCUGAUAGUACGGUUCACCUGGAAGAAUUGAUGGCGAUUGAAAGUUUAGGAGAGCUUCGAGCACAAGUGAAAAAGUUGCAUGAAAAAUACGUGCAACAACAAGCACUUAUCAAGAAACUUGAGUUUGAACUAGAAAUGGAGCAAGGACACGUAAAGAUUCUCCGAAAUGAUAACAAGCUAUUACGACAAAUGACGGUAGAUAUGAAUGCCAUGGCGGAACAAGAGGAAGAAUUCAUCUCGAAUCGAUUGCUGAAACGUAUCACGGGACUCAAGAAAGAAAAGGGAGAAUUACUUUUACAAGUAGAGCAAGAAGAGGAAUACAUGACGAAUAUGUUACAAAAGAAAUUGUCGCAACUUCAACGUGAAAAGAUUGAUAUGGAAAACUCGUUGGAGCAGGAACAAGAAUAUAUCGUUAAUAAGUUGCAGAAACAAUUGGAUGCUUUAAAGAUGCAACAACAACAAUCUCCUUUGAUGACUGUACAUGAUGGCGCUCCAUCACCUGGUCCUGUGUCACCCAGCAUGCCCAAAAAAUGGAAUUCUUCAGAAUCAGGUACAGCUGAAAUGUUGCUCUCCGAAAUCGCCGUCUUGAAAAACCGCACAAUUGAAAUGGAGAAAGAGUUUCUUUUAAAGAUGCAACAGUGUAACAAGUACAAGAGUGAAUUGGUUCAUUUCCGUAAACAAGCAGGUUCAUCCAUUGAAGAUAUUCCUUUUGAUGAAGGUAUUCCUGCUGUCUUUCGAACCGUGCCUCCUUCUCCUGGUCGAGGUGGCAGAAUUCGUCGCUCUACAUCCACUUCUUCUCAACGUUCGUUGACUUCAGAUAAGAACUUGAGCAAUAUUCCACCUUUACAAUUGGAUGAACCAGAUCGUGGAUCCAAUCGAUCUCGUUCAAAUAGCUCCACCACAUCCGUACCACCACAACCACCUAAACGAGAAACUUCUUCCCGAAGAGUUUCUGGAACAUUAUUGAGCUUAGCUUCCCAACAAAAUAAUUAAUUUUUUUUUUUUUUUUUUUUUUGGCUCGUUUUAAAUAAAUUUGCAUACGCGCGUUUCCAAUUUUUUUUUUCUUCU